AUGGUGUGUUUCUUGCAAUUGAGCUCCCUCUCAGAUGGCUGCAAUAUCAACAUGCUUAAUUCUACGAGUUUUAGUACCAACCAAAUCUGUGUAAAAUCUCAAAACUUCCUUCUCUAUAUCAUCCCCAUUUGUCAGAAUAUUGUCUUGCGGGUCCUCCAAUUUAUGUAUGCCAAUUUGUUUGUUUUUCCUUCUAAUGGUGGCAUGGAAAUAAGCAUUAUUUCCAUCCCCGUAUUUAAGCCAAUCAACCUUAGCCUUAUGCAUCAGGAUUUUCUCCUCCACAUCAAUGGCUUGGAGCAGUUCUUCGGUCCACUUGUUAAUCAAUUAAAUGAAAUUCUAAUUGAAUACGUCAUUAGAUGUGAGUUAUUGUAUCUGAGCAAGCUUACUUCUACUUUCCUCUAUUCUCUUUACUUUGUCAAUUGUAUCCUUGUUCAUCUUCCUCAUCAAAGGUUGCAGGCUGUUGUGUUUGUUCUACACAGUAUACAUAAGUUUCCCCACCACCUCAAUAUUCCAAUUAUUUCUUACUGUCUCCAUAAAAUGAGGUUGAUUUAUCACACAAUUUAG